AUGGAUUCUGAAAUGAAAAAGAGGGAUGAAAAUCAGUAUUCGCCUCGACCAAAUGGUGGCUCACAGAGUACUCCACUCAAGCUUCCCUUCAUCAUUGUUGUGACUGAAGGUGUUGCUGGUGGGACUGCAUCAGGCAAAACAACUGUUUGCGAUAUGAUUAUCUCUCAGCUCCAUGAUCAACGUGUUGUUCUUGUUAAUCAAGAUGCAUUCUAUCGCUCCCUCACUAAUGAGCAGUUGCAAAAAGUGAGUGAGUACAACUUUGACCAUCCUGAUGCGUUCGACACAGAGCUUCUGCUUUCAUCCAUGCAAACAUUAAGGACUGGGAGAGCAGUUAGCAUACCAAAUUAUGAUUUCAAGAUCCACAAAAGCGUUGAACCAGCUCGCCUGGUGAACCCUGCUGACGUAAUAAUUUUAGAGGGAAUCCUUGUUCUUCACGAUAAUCGUGUACGCGACACUAUGAACAUGAAGAUCUUUGUUGAUACAGAUUCAGAUGUGCGUCUUGCAAGGAGGAUACAGCGUGAUACUGUUGAGAGAGGCAGAAACGUUGAGAACGUUCUUGACCAAUAUGCCAAGUUCGUAAAGCCAAGUUUUGAAGAAUUUAUACUUCCAUCAAAGAAACAUGCUGAUGUUAUAAUUCCUCGAGGAGCAGAUAAUGACGUUGCUAUUGACUUAAUAGUACAGCAUAUUCGUACAAAGCUAGGCCAACACGACCUCUGCAAGAUUUAUCCAAAUGUUUUUGUUAUACAUUCAACGUUCCAGAUACGAGGGAUGCACACACUCGUAAGGGACACAAAAACAACCAAGCAUGAUUUUGUUUUCUAUGCGGAUCGACUUAUUCGCUUGGUUGUAGAACACGGUCUUGGCCAUCUUCCAUUUACAGAAAAACAGAUCACUACUCCAACAGGAUCUGUAUAUUCAGGAGUCGUUUUCUGUAAGAGACUUUGUGGUGUAUCUGUCAUUAGAAGUGGGGAAAGUAUGGAGAAUGCGUUGAGAGCAUGUUGUAAAGGUAUCAAAAUCGGCAAAAUCCUGAUCCACGUAGAUGGUAAAAAAGGUAGGCAGCUGAUUUAUGAAAAGCUACCAUCAGAUAUUGCAAGUCGCAACGUGUUACUGCUCGACCCUGUUCUAGCAUCAGGGAAUUCUGCCGUCAAAGCAAUUUCUGUUCUGCUGAGCAAGGGCGUAGCUGAGUCCAACAUAAUCUUCUUAAACCUCAUUGCGGCUCCUGAAGGAAUACACACAGUGUGUAGUAAAUUUCCAAGACUGAAAAUUGUAACUUCGGAGUGGAACCUUUGCUAG